CCUGAGUUUCCUGAUUUACGAAAUCGGCAAGCCUAGCCCUUUGGUUCAUUAUAGCUGUUCGAGCGGAUUAAAGCUAUUAAACUACAUAAAGGGUAACCAUUCGUGCGUAAUUUGUCCUUGUCACGCGAACAACUCUAAACCUAACUUGCCCUCAAAACAGGACACGUGGGACAGAACCUUAUCGAUUGCGGUUUGAGACGAAAGACAUUUCUAAAUAGUGCGACGAGCUUUGGGCAAAGGUCCAUGUACGUCGUCGCAUCCCUUAUUGUCGCUGCGUGGGUAACACUCUACCCUAGGCUGCUGGAAGCAUAUCAAGAGCCAGUGAACCCACCAAUAGUGGCAAGCUUAUGUCGCUAUGGAGAGGAGCCUGGAACUUGGCUGGACCUUCCUAGCAUGGAGGCUUUGCAACCGUACCCCUUGCAACGCAUGAGGCUUGUACCUGACGACAAGCUGCCACACAAGAAAGUUGGCGGCCGGUGGCAGCUCUAUAACAAGGACUGUCAGCUGUCAAACAGGAUACGUGCAGACUUACUCGACCCGCCGCAACCCGAUGCCCCAACGCCUCGCACCAACGUCUUCUUUAUCGGAGACAGCAUCGACGGGCUUACACUCGAGUAUACCUGUUAUCAUUAUGCUCGUGAAUAUGGAAUAAACAUUACCAGAGACGUCGAGUGCCCGCCGAUACCCUGUCUGCACACCGGCAACGUAGCCUUGGCUGGGAGCGCACCGAACCAUUGCAUAACAGAGAGGUUCGCUAUGUUCCAUCGGUUCGUGGCAACGGCAAAUCCAGAAGAAGUGGAUUUCAAUGAACUCCUGGGGUUGAUGAUUUUCUAUCUGGAGAAGUUUUCUGGCGUGAAGGAACCGCAACUGGUUGUCAUGGGGCUGGAAUUUUGGGAGCUCGCCCAUCUUUCCUGGGACGUCAACAGGACGUACGAGCAAGUAAACAUGGACCACACCUUCCUUCCGAAGUGGUGGUUGGAGAGCUUUAGGCAAAACUACACCAGCCUUAUUCGGCUGGUACGGCAAAAGCUGCCCUCGGCGCUAAUUGUUGUACGAACGAACGCCUUUCCCUGGUACGAUUGCCAAGAUGGCAAGCCGCAGGAGCGUAAGGGCUGGGCGAAGAAAAUGUUUGUUGGUCAGAUGAACGCGGCCAUUCGUGCCACAGCACGGGAGCUCAACCUACCCCUCAUCGACGUCGCUGCCAUGAGUGAAGGUAUGGUGCCGCAACAGUAUCUCAAUCCGGGAGACUACGUGCAUUCGCUUCACUGGCUGAACCUUGAGGCGUUUAACAUCGCCCUUAACAUCUUGCACCAAUAUACGGCAGUCACCACCGCCUCAAAUAGUCGGUAGAAUAAGCUACGUUAUAAUCGAGCGGUGGCGGAUCGUGUAGGGGAUGGAUGCUUGAUCCACCGAUAGGUUGGGGUUACUAGAGUAGGAGUAGGAGUAGAGCGCUACGCAUGCAUGGUGCUCACGAUGUGAAGAUAUGAAGUAGCGGAUCAUGAUUACGCCUGCAUGCAUGCCUGGUAAGGCCAAGAAACAAUUUGAAAACCUCGUGUGACCCAUGGGUCAGGUUUUGUGCCUUUGAGGCACGGCAAUAUGCGAAUCUACAUGCAGGCGUGGAGUUGCAGUCAAUUCCGAGUGCGUGCACCGUGGGGGUGCUUUUAUAUGUCCUCAUGAUUUUCCUAGUUCCCGUUUAAUGAAUGCCGUGUCACACCUAUGCAGCGUGAGCUCAUAAACCUUGCCAACGGGCUUGAACUGAUAAUCCGUGCAUCACAUAGGAUAUCCCUCCUGUGUGGUUACAAAACUGACCGCGAGUCCUGAAUGUCUGCCCGCCCGUACGUCUAUCGCUAUUGCUGUGUUUGCCUCUUCACUGUUAAGAUCCAG